UCGCUCUGCAUCAUCAGUCAAAGAUAAACUACCAUCACUAAAAAGACAGAACACUAAUCAAACUACUGAACAAGAAGCUAUCGCUAAAAGCAAAAAUAAAGCAACUGUAACAGUCACUGAAACUACAACUAACAACAAAAAAGAUGAAAUGAAUGUCAACGGUCCCUCUGACGUGUCUAAAAAUACUAUUGACACUACUUUAGUAGCGUUUGCUGCUUUACUUCUGUGCUAA